AUGGUGAUCCAUCGAUCAAUUGUAGUGAAAUUUUUACUUUUUCUCCAGAAUACGUUCCUGAAAGGUGGCUAUUACAAGUAUGUUCUGGGUGAUAAAGUUGUCGUAUUGGCGUUGAAUACCAAUCUCUACUACCGUUUCAAUCGUGCAAUUCCGAACUUCACAAAUCCAGAUGACCCGGCGGAUCAAUUCCAAUUCAUGAUCGAUACAUUGAAGGAUGCUCGCGCUAAGCAGCUUUCCGUUCAUGUUAUUGCGCACAUUGCUCCUGGAGGUAAUGAGUUGGUAUUCUACAAUCACAUUCUGAAGAAUUCAUGA